AUGCAGCGAGCUACCUCGCAGAACUCACCUCUCUUCCUCUCGCUGAAUUGCAAGCUCAGCCGACCGAAAUUAUCAUCAUCAUCGGCACAGCUCACGAACGCCCUUACCACGCUCUGCUACACGUCAUAUCCGACCUUUCUAUCGAUUCAUGCAACGAUCUCCACGCUAACGUCCUCCCUGUCAUCGCUAUCCUCGUCCUUGGAUGCUCUCAUCUCGUCUCUUCCAGCCCUCGAAAACUCUGCGCGUUCUUUCGCCGAAGACACGCGCGAAAUCCAAAAGGAGCGACGCAAGGCCGCAUUCGUCCUCGAGCACCAUGACAAGCUCUACGACGUGCUGUCCCUUCCCCUCCUGCUCGAUUCCUGUGUUCGGAACCACAGCUAUACCGAUGUCCUCCUCGCAAACCACUCCAAUUCCCUCUCCCAGCGCUUUCCCUCCAACCCGCUCGUGCAGUCCGUCAAGGCCGAAUGCGACGCGCGUGUGCAGGCGAUGCUCGGCCAGCUUCUGCGCAUGCUCAUCGAGCAGGCCAAGCUCCCCGGGCUCUUCCGCGCGGCUGGCUUCCUCCGCAAGAUGGACGUGCUCACAGAGCCUGAGCUCGCGCUCGCGUUCCUCACUGGACGCGGCACGUACCUUGAAAGCCUCUUCAAGACUGUUGAGAUCGAGAAGAAGGCGAUUUAA